CAAAUAUAGGGUUAUGGUGUAGAACAUCGGGCCCAGCAAUUACAAAACAAAAACAACAUUUAUUUUAAUACUAAAGAGGAAUGUACUUACUAAUUUUAAAUAAUAAAUACCUAUAUACUAUUUAUAAUUCGAAAUUAUAAUCUUCAUAAUCAGAAAACAAUGUUAAUUAAUAAUAGGUUGUUUUGUAAAAACUUUGUUAAAAUCUUUCACAAAAAGUUUCAUACUUCUCCAGAAAGUAAUAGUAAACCAGGCAAAGUAUUACGAAAAAUCAUGGGAGUUGACCACAAGAAGAGAAAAUAUUAUGGCGCUAAUGAUACUCCUCAGUUGCCUUCCGCAGAGCCAUUUGGAAAAACAGCUUUAGGGGCAAAAAUAACUGGUAAUUCAAGGAGAGGAAAUAUUUUAAACAAAGUAUUCAUGAGGCAUAUUACUGACCUCAUGGCAACAGGAGAAAACUCUAAUGAACUUCUGGGAUAUGGCAUUGAAAUUAAUAAAAUCAUGAUGAGUCCAGAUAAUGAACAUAUAAGGAUCUUCUGGAUAGCAAAUGAAUCUGCAGACUCAACGGAGGUAGAAAAUAUACUCAAUAGGAAUGCUGGCCGUUUGAGGCAUGAAUUGUCUACAUUACGAGUUAUGGGGCAAAUCCCUAAUAUAGUUUUUGUAAAAGAUAGGAAUUAUUAUAAAAUAAUGGAGGUUCAAGAAAGGCUGCUAAAAGCAGACUUCGGAGAAGAGGAAAACUAUGAAGACAAGCUGAAAACGGAUUUUGAAAUAUUAACCACUUUAGAGUUCACCGGAAAUCAAGGCAAAGAAGAAACCAAUUUAGAAGAUAUCCAAGAUAUGCCACCUAUGCCACAAAACGUGUUAGGCUUAGAACAUGAUGCCAUUCUUAAGAGGGUAAGAAAAGGCAUGACUGCAUCAAAAGCGCCUCAGAGAUCAUCGGAAACUUCUGGUUGGGCCAAAUGGUCAGAAUUCAAGCAGGACCAGCCAAUCAAUAUGGAUCCGGUGACGUUCGCUAAUCAACAAGAACAAAGAAAAGCUUUUAAAGCGUUUUUGCAGAAAAGACAGCUUCUUCGCUCCAAACAGAAUAAGAAAGAUAAACGGUUUAACCUUGAAAAAGAAUUGAUCGAAGACGAAAUGCAAGAGAAAUAUCUGCAAAACGUAGGAGAGGAAAUACAGAUAGAGGAAGAGGAUUUUAUUUCGGAGGAGCUGGAUGAGUAUAGAUAAUAAUCCUUUAAAUAAUAAUAAAUAUUUUAAAACAGAAUCAAA